AUGUCGCAGAGUCGUCGAGAUUCUAUUGCCGACGACUGGCUUGAAGUCGAUAGCGCUGCGUCCGUCAUUUCGAUGGAUUCACGGCCAUCGUCUCCAUCCCCAUCUUUAUCUUCCCCGCAAGAGACCCCUGCACCAACGACGCAAGUUGUCGUGUCAUCCCACGCUGGCCCAUCAAAUCCCACAUCACAGUCGCAACUCCCAUUGCGCCCGAAAGAUAACGCCCUCGAGCUGUCCAGGGUCAUUCAGGAACAGCAAUUAUUCCCCGCGCAAGAUCCCAACGCGAGGAUCUAUGUCGAUCCAUCCAAUCCAUCAUCACGCACCCUACGCCCAUAUCGCCCAAAGGAUCCCGCUGUUGAGUCAUCCCCAGCAUUUCAACAACAACAACAACAGCAGCAGCAGCAGCAGCAGCCUGAGACGCUAUACAAUGAGCAGAACCAAGACGUGGAGACCAGUGCACCUGGUGAUUUGCACUCCUUCCCGAAUCCCAGCGAUUAUCACAAGGCCUGCCAAGACGCCACCGCAUCUCUCGACGCAGCUGCCAAACUCGCAAAAGACAUCGGAGGAAAUCUGAUCUCUACAAUGAGUCUGAUCCGCUCGACAUGCGAACAGCUCUGCACGCAAACAACAGACCUUGGCAAGAUGCUCGAGGUCUACGCUCAACACUGGGCUUCCAAGGGCUCCAGCAUGGCCUUGAUAGACAUUCCACUAAAUCCCGACACAUGGGAAGCCAUGUCGGAGCUGAAGGAAGUUGUUCUGAAAACACACAAUACUCUUUCAAGUCUUGUUCCACCAGCAGAUUUUGGCAGGCCCUUGACAGCUGCAGAUAUCCCUCUGCAUGCUAACUUGGAGCUAGCUCGCUGUCUCGAGGUGUUGGAGGAUAUUCGAGAUCUAUUCGCAGAAUUUCUGCCCAUUCUGAAAGCGGACUUUGACGAGUUCAGAACCAAGCACAUGGGUUUCCCUCCGGCAGCACUACCCGAUCGACCUCACAAAAAGCCACACCAGCCACCGAACCCCAAAGUCCGCCAGAUUCGCGACGAGCUCUACGCCAUGAAGGACCACUUCGUAAUGAUAAACGUCUUCCUCUCCAGACUAAAAGACUCGCACCCAUCGCCAAACGUGACGGAUCCAUUAAUCUUCAAAUCAUUAAAGCGCAUCACCACAGCCAUCUCAAACGUGCUCACCAACAACCCUUCAGAUUGGAUUGAGUCAGAUAUAGGGUCAUCUUCAAGCAAGACCAUGUCGUAUGCUCAAUUCAUGACACUAGAUCCAGAUGUCUUGACCGACAUUUCGUCGCAUUUACAAGAUUUUCAGGAUGAGCUUGUUGUUGAUGCGAAACCGGGAGAGGAUGGAUGUGACUUUUCGCAGGAGAUGAUUCAUAAUCAUCAAGAGUUCAUGUUGCUCGAAGGUGGGCAGUUACAGCAGCUUCGUUCUGUUAUUGAGUUUACUGAGACCAUCCUGAUGACGCAGGGCUAA